AGGUGCUCUGAAGAUUCGAUAGUUCCGAGCACAUCCCGUCGAAAUUUGACCAAACGGAAGCAUUUCACGGAGCUCUUACACACAGCUGGGCGCUUUGCCGCAGGACCUGAGGUCAUUGUGCUGUUUGUUGCGUCUGGUCUCAAUGCUUGGCUCAUGCUGUACAAGGCUUGGUUGAUGCGGGAGUUUGUCACUGGUCAGAAUUUGGGCCGUUGGCGAGAGUGGAUGAAAGCGCUCGGCAAAUUUCCUUUAGCAAUUCUGGCCAGUGCGAUGCUCUCCCAGACCACCAAGUACAUGCAGGCAAGAGUGUCAAUGCUGUGGCGAAAUGCUGCCACAUCUAGCCUCUUGCGAAGCUACUUCUCGAACAUGAACUACUACAAGUUGCAACAUCAUGGCACCGCUCGAAUACAGGAUCCAGAUGUACGCAUUUGUUCCGAUGUGAGGCAGCUUUUGUCUUCUACCUGCACAUGUACGUGUGACAUUUCUAAAGCAUGGGCCGGGCUGGUCUCUUUGAUUCAACAAUGAUGUGCUUGGUCAGGUCUGGUUGUG